CUGAAAAAUCGUCUUGCCAAUCAGCAACAUGCCGGAGCUGAACUGCUCCCUUGCAACCCUUUUCGAAAUAGGUGCCACAGUUUUCAGUGACAUAGGCUGCCCCGAAGGUGCUGUGGUGUGUGGGAUGAAUAUCUCUUGGGUGUUGGCUAACGCUACAGCAGAUCUGGAUGACUUAUGCUUAAGCGAGGAGGAGUACCUGGUCAGGCACCUGGGCCCUCUAAGGUCCCCAGUGUUCCUUCCCGUCUGUCUCACCUACCUUACCAUCUUCACGGUAGGCUUACUGGGCAAUUCCCUGACCUGCGCAGUCAUUUUGCGCUACAGGGUGAUGCAGACACCCACUAACUACUAUCUGCUGAGCCUGGCCGUGUCUGACCUACUGGUGCUGCUGCUGGGAAUGCCGUUAGAGCUCUAUGAGAUGUGGCAGAACUACCCCUUCCUGCUCGGGGAGGGAGGGUGCUACUUCAAAACCUUCCUGUUUGAGACAGUCUGCUUCGCCUCCAUCCUCAACGUCACAGCGCUCAGCGUGGAACGCUACAUGGCGGUGGUGCACCCCCUCAAAGUCAAACACAUGACCACACGUGCUCACGUCAGGAGGGUCAUCUACAUGCUGUGGGGGCUGUCCAUGCUGUGUGCUGUGCCAAAUACCAGUUUGCACGGGAUUUGGGUGCUCCCUCCAAGGUUUGGACGACAGUUUCCCCGAUCAGCCAUCUGCUAUGUGGUCAAGCCCAUCUGGAUGUACAACCUGAUCAUCCUGAUUUCCACGUUGGUCUUCUUCCUGCUCCCCAUGCUGAUGAUUAGCAUUCUCUACCUGCUCAUUGGCUUGCAGCUACACAGGGAGAGGGUGAGGACUGUGGUGGACACGAGGGGUAACUUUGGACCAGAAAGUCUCUCCAGGUCCCACAUGCAGAAGCUGAACAAACGCAAUCUCCAAGUCACCAAAAUGCUAUGUGUGUUGGUGGUUGUGUUCGGCCUUUGCUGGGCUCCCUUCCACGUGGACCGCUUGAUGUGGAGCUACAUGGACACCUCGUCCAAGCAGCACCACAAGGUCUUCGAGUACGUCCACAUCAUCUCCGGAGUCUGCUUCUACCUAAGCUCUGCCAUCAACCCCAUCCUCUACAACCUAAUGUCCACCAGGUUCAGAGAAAUGUUCAGUCACGUUACCUGUUAUUCUAACAGCUGGCAGACUCGCUCCAGCUUACAGAUGACCCAACGCAGCACACUGAGCGAGACAAUUCCCAACAGUAUGAAAUGGAAAAACGGAAUAAAUGAGUAGAGAAAUGCAACUUAUACAGGGAAUAAGGGGUCAUUGAAUGGUUUAAUGAGCCUAAAAAUGGUGUGAAUCAUAUCCUACAGCCUACACAGUUACCGGAUCUUAACCCCACUGAACUGAAUUAGCUAAAUAAAUGUAAAUGUAUUUUUUUUUAAUUGCCACCACCAUCAACACGCUAAAUGAGAAAAUAUCUUUUGGAAGGACUUAGAGGCACUUACUAAGACACUUUAUGUUGUUUUUUCCCUUAAUUUUAACCAAUUCGUACAGAUAAGUAGCCCACAGACCUUCAAAUGAGAAGGUCUUAGCCCCAAAUGGAAGAAUAUUACCCUGUAAGUGGUAGGGGAUGUCAGACGAAGCUGACCAGACAUUACCCUGCACGUGCACAAAGGUUAUGUGACAAGCACUUAAAAACAUAAGGAUGCCUGCAUACUGAACACUCUGCUACUGUAUCUGGAAAUCCAGACUGCAGAAAUAUAUACAGUAGCUCAAAUCCCAUUUAGAGGGAGGGCCAACAUACUGAAUGAAGCAAAAAGAUGAUGAGACGGAGCACAUCGAUCUGUCUGAGUUCAAUGUGUGGCUGAACAAUGAAAUUAUCAUAUAAAUGAUACAACAGCAUUUUUUAUGCAUGGGAAAUAUAACUCAUUGACUCUCUCAAAUAAUUUCUAUUUGUGUACUAAGUAAACUUAUUUAUUGUAUAUACUGUAUAAUGUGAAGCAUAACAUUUCCAGGCAUUCCAGCUCAGAGUGCCAACAUCAUCACGCUUUCACGGCAAACAAUGAACAAUGCACAAUGUCUGCUGUUUAAAAGCAAGAACAUUUGUCUAGGACUGAAUAAGAGGUGAAAAUGAAAGUCAAUUGAGUGAAGGAGAGGAAUAAACAUGAUGGUCUGUCUAUGGUAUUUAUAACCAGUGACAAAGCUUAGUCAUGUGCCUUACAAGUAUUUAAAUUAUAUUCUGAAUUCUUAAGGCAUAAUGGUUUAAUAUUCCAACUGCCACAUUUCCACACAUAUUUCUUUGAUAACUGCACUGUGUAAUUACUUCUACAAUAUUAGUAAUUCUUCAUAUUGUUUGAAGCUGAAUUAAUAGGAAAAGUUUAGGAUCACAUUCAAGUAUUGCUUUCCUGAUAGAAAAACGUGAAGGUUUCACUUUAGUUUCAUGUAGUGAAUAAAGUGCUUCAACAUUUUGCUAAUUGUAUUGAAGACAGCACCUGUAUAUAGGAAAUGUUUAUAUUUAUCGUCUGUUGUGUUAAUACACUGUAUCUGAUGCAGUUUUCUGUUUAAAAGCAUACAUGUUUUUCACAGCGUGUACCCUUGAAAUAGUUUAUGCGACUGCAUGACCUGCUCUCGAACAUCAGUGCUGUUAGUGAGAUGUGCCAGCAGAGUUAUCAUUCUUAUUACUGGUUUGACUCAGAAACAGUGUAUUACGAGUCUUUGCACUUGUUUUUUAUGUUUAGACUCCUGUAGAGAAACCAGCUCCAGGACUUCUGUGUAAACAUCAUGGUUAAAGUGCUACCCAAACAAUACCAGUUAUUUAUGAGUUGUGAGAUCUGCUACAAGCCACAAGAAGCUUCGCACUAGACUGUCUCAUCUCAACUUUGGGUGACACACAGUGCAGGGGAAAAACUAAUUUUUACAAAUGGAGAUGAUGAUUAUGAGGGGUAGAAACUAAGGGGAAAGAUGCUGUCACUGGGUCAAUAAUAUGGAAAAAAUGUAAUAAUGAACAAUAAUGAUGGACACUGACUUUGUAAUGACACAAUAUUGUCAGUGUGCCACACCAACACUAAUGAACAGCAAACUACUCACAACUUCCAUCACCAUAACAGAAUAGACUGUUUACCCACCGGCUCUGCAAAUAGACUCGUUCAGAAGGCCGCAUCACAGCAUCACCCAAUAAUGGUAUUCAUUCAAGAGUGCGGUUAUUAUUACCACCCGUGGCACUGUGUGAUGUGAC